AACAAGUAUUUUACAAAUUUGCAACUCUUCGUUUCUCUCUUUCCCAGUUUUCUUCUUCAUUCUGAACACUCAUUCUGCUGCCAUGCCGUUUAGAGGACUGGGUCGGCCAAAUGCCACAUGUGGCAUGUGUGCCGCUGAUCACACCAAGGAUGCAUUUAUGGAACUGAAAAGGAAGAAAAUUUACCGAUAUUUGGUCUUUAGGAUCGAUGAGAAGGAGCGGGAAGUUGUGGUUGAGAAAAUUGGUAAUCCAGCUGAGACCUAUGAUGACUUCACUGCCUCCCUCCCGGAGAAUGAUUGCCGAUAUGCCGUCUAUGACUUCAAUUUUGUUACUUCCGACAAUUGCCGAAAGAGCAAGAUUUUCUUCAUUGCAUGGUCCCCUUCAUCGUCUAGAAUCCGUGCAAAGAUGCUCUACGCCACUUCAAAACACGGGCUUAGAAGGGAACUGGAUGGUAUCCACUAUGAGAUUCAGGCUACUGACCCUACGGAGAUGGAUCUCGAAGUGCUGAAGGAACGUGCGCACUGAACGGUCUGUAGUUUAACUGUUCCAUUCUAGGUACUACCCUCCUCGAUUUCUCAACUCGGAAUUAGUCGUUGCUUCCUGUGCAGAGUCAUUUCCUGACACAAAGAAUAGUGAAUUUAUAAUUCCUUGAA